AUGCAGCGUGAACCUCUUCCACCCCCAUUAAACCUGAUCCUCCUAAUAACAACCCCCCCACCUUCCCCUCCCCACACCACCCACUCACCCACCACCACCGCCGCCGCUGCUCCUCAUACUUUCCAAAUAAAACGGAUCCAGCUGUGUGCAGCUGUGCGCCCUGCGUGCGUCACACCCCUCUGCUGCUCCGCAGACAGACGAGGAGGAAGAGAAGGAAAGAUGUCCGGCAUCACGCUGCUGUCGCUCUUCCAGGGUUUGUGCUUGCUGUGGGCAGCCGUCGGCACGGCCAGGAGCGGGACCUUGUUCCUGCGGGAGAGCCUGGAGCGGGGCCCGGUCAGCCUGAACGACAUGUUCCGAGAGGUAGAGGAGCUGAUGGAGGACACUCAGCACAUACUGGAGGAGGCAGUGGACCAGAUAACUACUGAGAGUAAGAAAUCCUCUUCAGCCUCACUGGAGCUGCAUCCUGACUACCACAAUGAGACUACGAUGGUGAUAAGGAACGGGGAGAGAGCGGUUCAGGUGCUAGACAGAAGGGACAAGGAAACUAAUAAUAAAACUGGAGAGACUCAUCUGUCCCAUGUUCAUAUGGAGAUCUCCAGCCAGUGGAACAACGUGAAUCAUGAAUGCAUGGUGGACGAGGACUGCGAUGACCUGAAAUACUGCCUGUAUGAGAUUGAGAACUCCAAGUGCCUCCCCUGUAUACCAACAGAUAUGCCCUGCACUAAGGAUGAGGAGUGCUGCUCUGAUCAGAUGUGUGUGUGGGGCCAGUGUACAGUGAAUGCCACCGAAGGCACAGAGGGAACCAUCUGUCAGGGUCAGAGUGACUGCAGGCCACACCUCUGCUGUGCCUUUCAACCAGAGCUUUUGUUUCCAGUGUGUAACCCCAAACCGGGGAAGGGGGAGUCCUGUCUGAGCCACCCCAACCUGCUGAUGGACAUGCUGGCCUGGGAUCAGGAGGGUCCCCGCGACCACUGCCCCUGUGCCGACGACCUUCAGUGCCAGCCUCAUAGCCGUGGAUCCAUGUGUGGAGAACGGUACUAGAGGUCCACAGGAGGCGGAGUUAGAUUGAACUUACUGAUCCAAAGACAGAUGCCUCUGCAGAUCACCGGCUGAUUCAAGUACAGGCUGUUGCUUCAGGAUAGAACUUGCACUCACAGUAUUAUUUAUGCCUUAUUACCAGCGUGUAUUAUAUAUGUAAAAGGACAAAAAUAAAAGACUUGUUUUCAGCUUUGAGAA